AUGCGGCUGACCGGGAAACUUUCGGAAUGGGGAACCAGGGUCGUGGAUAUUGGAGGCAACCAGGUCGGCUUGGAGGCGGAGCGAAUUGAUAGCCAUUUACUUACCGAAAAAAUUGCAGCGGGACGAGAUGAGCAGGCAAAUGAGGCCCCAUUCCUGCUUGUCAAUCUGGAUACCUUAAUUGCCCGCUACGAUCGAUGGAUUCGGGAAUUGCCGCAAGUAAAGCCAUUCUACGCAGUGAAAAGCAACCCGAGCCCGGUAGUCCUUCGGGUUCUCGCCGGCAUGGGUGUUAAUUUUGAUUGUGCGAGCCGGGGAGAAAUUGAGCAGGUUCUUUCACUGGGUGUGUCUCCGGAUCGUAUCAUCUUUGCGAAUCCAGCAAAACCCGCUUCAUAUAUUCAAUACGCCCAGGACGUCGGUGUCUACCGUAUGACCGUCGAUAGCAGCGAAGAGCUGCGGAAGAUCGCCGUGAAUUUCCCACAAGCGGAGAUCUUACUACGCCUGGCCACCUCCGAUAAAUCCGCGAUGACGCCAUUGAGCGGGAAAUUCGGGGCCGACGGAGUGCGCCAAAUUCCGGAUCUACUACGGGAAGCGCUCUCCCUUGGUCUAAAUAUCGUUGGGAUCAGUUUUCACGUCGGUUCCGGGUGUCGUGAUCCAACAUCUUUUGGUCGUGCCCUUGAAGAAACGCACCGUCUUCACGAGCUCGGAAAAACAAUUGGUCAUCAGAUGACGGUGAUCGAUAUUGGGGGUGGAUUCCCUGGAGGGCAAAUAAAUGCUAAUUUUGAAGCGUGCGCCAAUGAAAUCCGAAGCUCGCUUGAAACCCUCUUUAACGACGACACCUAUGAAAUAUUGGCUGAGCCAGGGAGAUACUUCUGCUCGGAAGCCUUUACCCUAUGCGCAAAUGUGAUCCAUUCGAAUGAAAUACCACCUGAAUACGAUCCAACGGGCGCUUCCACCGGCACCCAAAUGAAAUACUACCUCAAUGACGGCGUAUUUGGCUCAUUUGCUUGCAAAUUCUUCCAAUACUUGCAUUCGGAGGGGCAGCCGCUUAGACCAAAAACUGGACGUCCGAUCUUAUCUUCUACGAUUUUUGGACCAACUUGUGAUACCUGGGAUAAAAUCGAGGAUAACCGUCAGGUCGAAAAAAUGGAAAUCGGAGAAUGGAUUUACUAUCGCGAUAUGGGAGCUUAUAGUUGCGCAUGUGCGUCCACUUUCAACGGUUUCCAGCCACCGGAGCAUAUUUUUGCGAUUUCUGAGCAAAACUGGGCCCGAAUCAAGCCAUUGUUGGAAAAAGACGAUUCUAUUGCU